CGUGCGUCACAACCCGGGCUCCUGCCCCGCCCGUCCCGCCUGCCCGCUGGUCGGUCCCCGCGGCGGCGGCGGCGGCGGCGGCGGCGGCGGCGGCGGCUGCCCAGUGACAGCAGUGGCCGCACCAGGCCAGCCGUACAAGCAGCGUAGGGUCGUGCGGCCCGGAAACGCAUAGCCGGCCAACGGGCGGCACGGCACGAGGAAGGCCCGAUCGCGGUCGCGCGUGAGGAGACCUCGCGGGCCCCGGGCGUGAGGCCGGCGUGAGGGAGCGCGGAGGCAGUGGCCGCCGGCGGCCGGGACCCGCCUGCCUUCGCGGCCGCCGCCGGCAUGAGCCACAUCCAGAUCCCGCCGGGCCUCACGGAGCUGCUGCAGGGCUACACGGUGGAGGUGCUACGGAAGCGGCCGCCCGACCUCGUCGACUUCGCGGUAGACUACUUCAGCCGCCUGCGUGAGGCCCGCGCCCGAGCCUCCAGCCCUCCCGCCGCCCCUCCUUCCGGCUCCCAGGAUCUAGAGCUCAGCCCCGGCCUUGUCGCCGACGCGAACGCAGAGAGUGAGACCGAUGAGGACGAGGACUUGGACGUUCCAAUUCCUAGUAGAUUUGAUCGGCGAGUAUCAGUUUGUGCUGAGACCUAUAACCCUGAUGAGGAAGAGGAAGAUACUGAUCCAAGGGUGAUUCAUCCUAAAACUGAUGAACAGAGAUGCAGACUUCAGGAAGCUUGCAAAGAUAUUCUGCUUUUCAAAAAUCUUGAUCAGGAACAGCUUUCUCAAGUUCUCGAUGCCAUGUUUGAAAGGGCAGUCAAAGUGGAUGAGCAUGUUAUUGACCAAGGAGAUGACGGAGACAACUUUUACGUCAUAGAGCGGGGAACUUACGAUAUUUUAGUAACAAAAGAUAAUCAAACUCGCUCUGUUGGUCAGUAUGACAACCGUGGAAGUUUUGGAGAACUAGCUCUGAUGUACAACACCCCGAGGGCUGCUACCAUUAUUGCCACCUCAGAAGGCUCCCUUUGGGGACUGGACCGUGUGACUUUUAGAAGAAUCAUAGUGAAAAACAAUGCCAAAAAGCGGAAGAUGUUUGAAUCAUUUAUUGAAUCUGUGCCCCUUCUUAAAUCACUAGAGGUGUCAGAACGAAUGAAGAUUGUGGAUGUAAUAGGAGAGAAGAUCUAUAAGGAUGGAGAGCGCAUAAUCACUCAGGGUGACAAAGCUGAUAGCUUUUACAUUAUAGAGUCUGGUGAAGUGAGGAUCUUGAUGAGAAGCAAGACUAAAGCAAACAAGGAUGGUGGGAACCAGGAGGUUGAGAUUGCCCGCUGCCACAAGGGGCAAUACUUCGGAGAGCUUGCACUGGUGACCAACAAACCCAGAGCUGCUUCGGCUUACGCUGUGGGAGAUGUCAAAUGCUUAGUUAUGGAUGUUCAAGCCUUUGAGAGGCUUCUGGGGCCCUGCAUGGACAUCAUGAAGAGGAACAUCUCACACUACGAGGAACAGCUGGUGAAGAUGUUUGGCUCCAGCAUGGAUCUGAUCGAUCCUGGGCAUUAAGUGUGCCACACCUCAGAGUCUUCUCAGUGUGACACCAAAACCUUCCAGUCAGCCACAGAACACAUGCCGAAAGCAGAAAUGACAGAACUGUUCCUUCUGUUGCCCCCACAGCUGCCGUUGCUGUGGCCAUGGGCAUUUAGAAAACUUGAAAGUCAGCACUAAAGGAUGGGUAGAGGUUCAUCCUGCACCUCCACUUGGCUUCUGAAAGCCCAUUAUUAGACUUCUUGUAAUGAUUAUUCCAACCCAGUUUCACAUCUUUGGUUCAAAAUGGCAUGUCUCUCCAACAAUUUAAGUGCCUGAUACUAAGUCCAAAGUGUAAAAACAUCUUCCUUUCCUCUCUUGCUGCUACUGUUGCUUUUGGAAGUGACCACAGGUCUGCACAAACCUAUUGUGUAACUGUAGAUACCCUCCCCCAACCUUUCUCAAGGGAGGAAAUGUAGCCUUUGACCUCCUCAUUUGUCCUCUUAAGAAAAUCCACAUUUGUUCACAAUUGUUUGGUUUUACAGUGGAAAGUGGUGGGAAGGUCUGUGGUCCUGUGGCCUUGUACUGUCUACUGAAAGCUGCGCACAAGACAGCUAUCUCCAAAUUCACAGUGACGCUCAAGGGACAGUCCUGCUGAGGACCCAGCAGGUUGGCAUCGCAGAGCACACUGAUCAAUCACUGGGACCCAUGUCAGAGCAGAAAAUUUGGGUUCGGUACAUUGUUCAUGUAGCAGAGAGACAGGGAAGGUUUCCUGGGUUGGGGGGUUUUGUUUUUUGUUUUGCUUUAGUAGGUUUUGUUUUGUUUAAUCUCUGUGCAGUUUGCCUGAAUGAAUUGCUGUCCACAUAUGAGAAGCCAGGAUUUGGAGGUGCCAUCACUUUAUCUGGCCCAAAUACUUACCUGGAUAAUUCCUGCCAUCCCUUAUUUCCAGUUGCCUCUACUGGCUGAUGGCAGUGUGCCGGCAGGAGCUGUAGUGCAGAGAGAGCCCUUUGCUCCUAUUCCAGGGUUAUCACAUAGCUUUGCUGUUGCACCAUCAAUUUUUAAACUCUUUAAAAAAGAAGCAGCUAUUUUUUGAAAUUAAAAAAAUGUUUCUCUAUUCAGGAGUUCCCCUUGGACAUAUUCACAUAUAUUAGUUUGUUGGCUGACUCAGGCACUUAUCCUAAUGAUUAACUCUUUUUGUUAGUUUUCAAAAAUCGGCCUCAUUUACAAUUUUAUAGAAUUACUGCCAAGACCUUUCUAAUUAAGAUGUUAGGAUAUUUGGGGUUCUAAUUGUUAAUCCCAGAAGAAAGUAAUUUGGUUUGUAUUUUUUAACUUUUUUAACCUUUUAAUUAUAAUAGGUAGAAUUUUGAUGAAUUAUUUUAAGUAGACAUGUUUCAGAACGAAAUUUUUCUUCAGAAUGACUUAAAAUCAGAUGUUACAAGUGAUCCUAAGAACAGUGUGAAAUUUGCAUAAAGAUAAAUUUGAAUGUUGUAGUCAAGUUUAUAUUAAAUCAAAAGGCCCUUUCCAAUACGAUUUUUUAAAAACUUAGCGAUCAGUAAGUCCCUAAGAUACUAUGCGCUGGGGCUUGAAUCACUCCUAUGGUGGGUAAUGAUUGGAAGUCCACAUGGUCGCCUUCCAUUGUCCACAUAAGCCAGACUCUGUUUUUGCCACAGGCACUGUCGUCUAGAGAUUUCCCUUCCUCCUGUGCUCCAUUAAGUAAACGCAGAAGGACUCUUCAGACAGACUGCCCUGGGCAGCCUGCAUGGCAGCGCUCAGAAUUGCGAAUGGCUGUGACUGGUUCUCCGAAACAGGCAGCUAGCACUGGGAAAGUCCGCGUGUUUUUUUCCCAUGAUUUUCAAGGUUAUUCUUUUUUUGUGGUGGCAUUUUAUUAUCAAGUAAGUUAAGAAAGCAGAUCUUGCACGUUAGCUGACAAGAACCACACCAGUUUCUUGGAAAGAUAACAGGUACACUGGGCUUCAGGAGUGACACAGUAGUCUAGCCCCAGGCUAUGUGAGGACUCUGUAUAAACGCUGAGCAGAUGCCCCCCUUGCACCUGCCCCCCACCAUGCCAGCUGGUCAGGGCUGCCUGUGAACUCCACGCCAGAGUCACUCCUGCUGGCUGCCCUCUUGCACAUCCCAGUUCAGUUGACCCCUUCAGAGAAUCCUCUUAGACACUCCUGACUCGCUGAUGGUUGGUGUUUUCCAGGGUAGAAUUCAUCAGAUUUCAGUUCUCCUACUCUAAUUACAGGUUAUAUAUGCAUGAUCAGUCUAGCCCCUCUUUGCAUAUAGAGCCCCUUUGGGGUCUGGCUUGAAGGAAGGAGACUUUGAAGGACCAGUGCGAGUGAAAUAGCUGUCACCGAGGUGCCAGGAGUCCGACAGCGCUCCACGUCUGUGUGCGGCAGGGGGAAUCAAAGGUAGUGAGCGGUUCACCUCAGGGCUCUGGUGUCCACAUUGUGCUGGCCAAGCCCUGCACUGAUGGUUGAGCCUCACAGGGUGGAGCAUGUGUUGGAAAGUGAUCCCUUUGGUAAUUGAUUUUGGAUGGUGGAGAAUGUUCUGAGAGCCUUGAGGUCCAGGUUGCAGUAUUAUCCUUCCUUCUGACCCCGGUGUAUCAACUCUCUUUUGGUUGUAUUCUCUGAAGGAAGGAUUCAUGUGUUCUGACCUCUUAGUCAGUCCUUAUAUGUUAACUGAUAUUCUCAGAAAUCCAGGGUGGAGGUUUUUCUUCAAGCAAUUUAAUGAGUGAAUUUGGCAGCAAAGUGGCCAAGAAAUGUCUCUCCAGCCAGGCGAGGUCGUGUUCAUUCUAAUUGCCCAGAUUCCCUGCCCACGACGGCAGGGCAGUCAGUGAGUGGUGCCGCUGGCCCCCGGCAGCGCCCUGGGCACCCAGUGUGUCCAUGUCCUGUCAAGUGUACAAACAAUCCUCUCAUGUUUAGAAAAAUUGAAAGGGCAUUUUUGCACAGAGAAAAAGAAAAAACAUGACUGUCAUCUUUUAUCUUUUGUUUUCAGUUGGCUGAUGGAAUUUUUGUUCUUGACAUGCACUUGUAAACCAAUCUCUGCCAAGAUACAAGUUGUUUUGGUUUUUCACUAUAAUUACCUCUUGUUCCUCCUGUCUUGACUGCUGACGUUCCUCAAUGAUUCUAAUGUCUAUUUUAUGGGAAGCAGCCUUCCCGUGGGUUUCCUUUUACACACUGCAGGGCUAUCUUUAUACUUAAAAAGAAAUUUUUUUUUUAAAGAAUAUUGUCACUAACCUCAUGGGGAAUUUGCAGAAAACCAUUUAGCCCACCUUGAGAAAAAGGUAGAUUCCUCAUUGUUUUCUUCAGCUCACUGUAAUAAAAGAAAUCUAAUUCAGCAUUAUUGUGCUACCUCAAAGGUAAAAAAUGUUAAGGUCUUGUUUCAGUCCUGAGUUCUAUACAUAGUGUUCGAAAUGUCUUUCAGUUGGAAUUUUUUUUAAUCAUUGGGAAGAAUCUUACUUUAAUCUGUUUUACACUUAUGUUUUAAUCUCAGAAGAAUAAGUGAUUAAUUCUUGCUCUGUAGUAUUGAACAUAUAAUGAAAUCACUGUUUGCCAUAAACAAGGUUGGGUUUUUUAAAAGGAAACUCUAGGGCUUGGCUUCGCUUUUGGUUAAUAAAGGCUGACAAAUCAUGUCCGACUGUCCGGUGCAGCCUUGUGUCAUGUUUAUCCUCUCAUGUCGGGACUC